AUGCCGAUGCGUCCGGUGGCUAUCCGCAAGCCCUUCAACCAGGUCCGCGCUGUCCCCCGCAUGUCAUGGGCCGUCGAGAACGUGUUCAACACCUGGCAGCGUACGGCCACGCAGUCGCCCAAGGCUAGGGAGACCGACUUCUCCAAGUCGCCCAAGACCAUUUACCAGCAGCGUUUCCUCGCCAAGCGCUUGACCAAGGGCUACCACGGUGACCACAUUGGUGCCCGCGCCUUUGAGCGUUGGUACCUUCCCGACUCACUCCCUCUCAUCACCCACGGUGACCAGAGCGGUGCGUCGACUGGCGAGAUCUCCAAGUGGGUCGAGGGACGCCAGCGUGCCGGUGGCAGGACCGCACACGAGAGGAAGGUCGAGCAGAUGGAGAAGGACGGACGUACCCCCGUCGGCACCAUGAUGUUCACUGAGACUGAGCGUCGUCUGGACGUUGUCAUUUUCCGCGCCUGCUUUGCUCCUUCCGUCUGGACUGCGCGCUCGUACGUCCUCGGCGGCCACGUCAAGCUCAACGGCAAGGUCGUGCGCAACGCCAACACCCUCAUGAACCCCGGAGACCUGUUCUCGAUCAACCCCAACGUCAUCCAGAUGCUCCAGAGGCCAAAAGCCUCCAAGAAGCAGGCCAAGGCCAAGGCCACCGAGGAGGCUACCGAGGAGGCCGCAGAGGUCACCGAGGCUCAAGCCGCCGAGGAGACGGCUGAGGCUGCCGAAGCCGAGGUCGCUGCCGUCGCUGCCGAGGCGUCUGCCCCUCCCCCUGCCCCCACUUCCACCGACACCCGGGUCACCGCGUCUGGCUCGCACGUCACCGUCGACACCUCGGUCUUUGACGCCAUGGACCCGUCGGACCCUUCCUACUUCAAGCUCCCGGACUACGCCCAGGCCCUGCUCUUCGUCCCCGCUUACAUCCUCCCUUCCUACCUGACCUGCUCGGGCGUCUACGUCCGCCACCCCACCGCUCGUCCCGGUUACUCUGAGAUUGCGUCGCCAUACGACGCGGACGGAAACCUCAUGUCCCUCUCGUGGGAGUGGUACCAGCGUGUCGCACCGCGUAUGCGCCCUAACCGCCGCCAGCGACUCAUGGACCCCCAGAGGUCCCAGGAUCGCAAGUAG